AGAAAACGAUGUGCCGCCAGACGGCGCGGGUUAUGGUCCGCGGCCGAUAUAGAUGUCGCGGCAAACGCGUGCCUUUGCCCCAUCUGUAUUUCGUGGUUAUUUUUUGCCUUGUUUAAUGUUCUAAAAUCAAUUGGUGUUUUUUUAUUGAUUUAUUGCUUUUAAGGGUAGUGUUUUCUGAGGUGGAAUUUGUGAUUUGCUUGUUUUGUGAUUGACCGUUUUUCCAUCUCUUGCUUCUCUUUUUUUGCUGUCGUGUCAUUGUUGUUGCGUGUGAUGGGCGGUUAGCUGCGCGCCCGAUGUUCGCUUUUUGCUCAGUGGCGAAUAGAGUUGAUGUUGAGUUCAGAAGUUUGGUUUCCUGAACAUUUGGUGCCGAAACCCGGGACGUAGAACCAGUGAUCUUUGAUCGAGUACUUCUGGAUGUUUGGUGCCCAGAAGCAAGAUAGUACUGCGCUGGUUUCGUCUAUUUAUACCACGCCGGUCGGUUUGGUGACGACAUGGACGUGGAGAGAUUGAAGAGAGCGCGCGCCGCGGCUAGGGGCUGGGCCACGCGAUCGUGCAGGGCCCUCCAGCUGGCGUGUAGCGCUCCAGAGCCGGAUUGCUAUGAAAUCCAAGAGCUGAAAGCCGAGGUCGAGCAGAGGUUGAGUGCGCUAGAUUCGUCUCAAGCUGCGCUGGAAAUUGAGUUUGAUGAGUCGGAGCUGCCAGAAGUUGUGGAAGAGGCUGCUGACUUUCGCAGCGGUAUCAGCAAGGUGCUACGCACUGCUGGUAAGCUUCUCCUUCGUGAUAUUGAUCCGAACCUGCCUGCUCACUCUGGUGGGGCCUCCAAUGCUGGAACCUCUGGUCUGCCGAGACUCCCGAAGUUAGACCUACCCAGUUUUGAUGGGGACGUCCUGAAGUGGUUGAACUUCUGGGAGUGUUUUCAAGCAGCAGUUGGUGAUAAGGAGGAGUUAGCGGACAUUACUAAACUGGCCUAUCUUCGGUCCCUUCUGCGGGGUGAGGCUGCUCAGUGCAUUGCUGGGCUCCCGCUGACUGGUGCCAACUUUGCUACUGCCAGCAAGCUGCUGCAGGACAGGUAUGGCAGGACGGAUUUGAUCAUCUUUAAACAUGUGCAAGGUCUGCUGAACAUGGACAGAGCAACUGAGGAUGUGAGCAGUCUCCAAAAGUUGCAAGAUGAGCUUCAAGUGCAUGUGCGGAGCCUUGAGUCACUUGGAGUGAAAGGAGACAACUAUGGGGUUAUCUUAACUCCACUGUUGCUGAGCCGGCUUCCCAAGGACAUUUGCCUGGCUUGGGCGCGUGACAGUGUUGGCAAGGAAGGUGAUCUGGUGUUCCUGCUGGAGGUGCUUAAGGCUGAGGUGAACUCCAGGGUGAAGUCUGGGGUUUACAGCGGCCUGUCUGCAGCUGGUGAGAAACCGACUACAGCUUCAGGAGUGAAGACCCGGCCAGUGGACCGGGACAGCGGUCGGAGGAAGAGGCUUCAGCAGCCUCGGUCUGGGGCAGCUCUGCAGGCUGCUUCCCCUGGUGCUGGUGCUGGGUGUGAGUUCUGCUCAGGGCCACACAGAGCUACUGAGUGUCCUGACUUCCUCAGCUUAAGUGUAAGCGAGCGACAAGACAAGGUGAGAGGAGCUAACUUGUGUUUUGUCUGCCUAAAGGGGGGACAUCGAGCCAGACACUGUCUAGAGAAGUGUGCUCACUGCAAGGGUAGACACAAUGUGCUCUGUUGCUACAAACAUGUCUUUGACUUUACUCACAAGGGUGUGAAAGCUUCUGAUGCUGUUUCAAGUGAUAGUGCUCAUGUGGGUUCAGGCAGUAGGCCUGCUGCCAUUGCUUCAUUGUCAUGUGUGCCACAGGAGGUGGUUCGCUCCUUGGGUGGUUUGGAGCUGGCGGACGGGAGAUUCAGUUCUGAUCGACACCUGUCUGUGGACCUGCUGGUUGGGCUGGACCAGUACUGGCAGCUGCUGAAGGACGGCCUGCUCCGUACUUCUGCAGGAUUGAGACGAAAGCUGGCUAAGGACCCUGUACUUGCAGAGCGCUAUGAUGCUGCUUUACAGGAGAUGGAGGAUGCCGGGGUUAUUGAGGAGGUUCCUGGCUGUGAGCUGCAGACCUCGUACCCGGUGUUCUACCUGCCGCACCGGCCUGUCUUGAAGGAGGACAGCUCCACUACUAAGGUGCGGCCGGUAUUCGACGCGUCGGCAGUGGGCCCUGGCGGCGUCUCACUCAACGACUGCUUGGAGGUGGGUCCGUGCUUGGUUCCGAGCCUGCUGGAGAUACUUCUGCGCUUUAGGCGCUGGCCGUUCGCCAUUGCAGCGGAUAUCUCAAAGGCUUUUCUGCAGGUUCAGCUGCGUAAGGAGGACCGGGACGUGCACCGAUUCUUGUGGUGGCGUAACGGAAGGGUACGGGUGAUGAGGUUCAUGCGUGUCACUUUCGGUGUGAGGAGUUCGAGUUUCCUCCUGGCGGCCACUAUCCGCCACCACCUGACACAGUACCCGUCCUCGCCUCUGAUUUCGGAUCUGUCGGAGAAUUUCUAUGUUGACGAUUACCUGUCUGGUGCUGACACUGAGAGUGACGCCUGCUCUAAGCUGAAGGAGGCACAGACUGUAAUGGCAGGUCGACCGCCGUCUGCAGACGGUGACGACAGCGCUUCACCGGAGGCGAGUCUUCCGAGGGAAGAGAUGGCACUGCUGUCGAGAUCUGGCAACCCCACAGCUCUGUUUGAGGUGGAGCGGUGGGGAUCGCUUCGUAAGGCGACUCGCGUCGUGGCGUGGGUCAAGCGGUUUGUGUUCAACUGCCGCAACCCUGGUCUGAGGCGACAGUCUGAGCUGUCUGGUGAUGAGAUUGCGGAGGCCAGGACAGCUCUGGUGAGGGACGCGCAACAGGCUGCGUUCCCAGAGGAG